UUCAGACAACAGCCUGUUGGGCCCUCCUGGGUUCCUCGUUAAAAUUAUCAAAUAGACUAUUUGAUAGGGUUUUUUGCGUGUCGUUGUGAAGUAAAACAGUCAAGGUGUCGGUGUCCAGCAGCGUAAUCCCUGGUGCGAUCACAAUGAAGAUGCUGGCACCGCAGGAUGGACCUGAUAUCACUCCCGUUGAUUCAUCUGGUGAAUGGCAUGGGGCGACGUUUUGGAUGGUUAUAUGUGGCGCUGCGGCGCUAGUGUUGACCACUCUGGCUGCUCUUGCUUGCUGGAUUGCCCGUCGCAGAAAUUCCCUCGCCCACAAACUUGAUAUUAAUUGUAAAUUAAAAUUGGGUGUAGGAAGCAAGCGUUGCCCAGACAAGGCGCUAGUGUUUCAACCACCGCGACGAGCGACCGCAGUCCGGUCGCCGGGUUCUGCCACGCACUAUUUGCGCAAGUCUCCAUCACCCACGGCCCCGGUGCCUCCAGCAACCACCUCGCCGCCCCAGCCGCAACCGCCUCCGCAGAAUCCGGGAUCCGGUAACACCAGCCCACACACACCGACCGCACCCUCGGAGCCUACUCCUCUCAGCAAGGAACUGGCUGAUGCGAACGCUACGGAAAAAACUAAACCGAUCGAGCCUGAAAACAACGAUGGUAAACUUGGGGAUCUGCAUUUCAAGUUGAGGUAUGAAAUUGAGAAGAAUGCGCUGGUGGUGUCGGUGGUGUCAUGCCAGGGUUUGCCGGGUCGCGAGCCUGCCGGCCCUGACCCGUACGUGAAGCUGCAGCUGUUACCAGAAAAGCAACAUAAGGUCAAGACCAGAGUAGUGCGCAAAACUCGCUGCCCGGUGUACGACGAAGAUUUCACAUUCUAUGGUCUGCCUCCAUACCAACUCGGUGCCAUCACGCUCCACUUCGUGGUCCUCAGCUUUGACAGAUAUUCCCGCGAUGAGAUAAUUGGAGAAGUGGUGGCUCCGCUGUCCAGUUUGCAGCUGCAGAGUGGGGAGGCAAUGGCACUGUGCCGCGAAAUACAACCGCGCAGCCUCAAGAUGCGCAGCGUGGGGCGCGGCGAGGUUCUGGUGUCGCUGUGCUGGCAGCCGGCCGCCGCUCGGCUCACCGUCGUGCUGCUCAAGGCUCGCAACCUGCCCAAGAUGGACGUCACCGGACUUGCGGACCCAUACGUGAAGAUGUACCUGUUGUACAACGGACAGCGCAUAGCCAAGAAGAAGACUCACGUUAAGAAACGAACCCUGAACCCGGUGUUCAACGAGUCGUUCGUGUUUGAGGUGCCCGCCGCGCCCAAUGCUACGCUCGACCACGUCUCUCUUGAAUUGCUCGUGCUUGAUUGGGACAGAGUCACUAAGAAUGAGGUGAUCGGUCGGCUGGAGCUGGGCGCGGAGGGCGCAGGCGGCGCGCGGCACCACUGGCGCGAGGUGCAGGCCGCGCCGCGCCGACAGAUCGCCGACUGGCACAAGCUCAAGGAGUGAACGCCAUCACCCACCACCACCGCCGUCGCCACCAUCACCACCACACCACUAUCACCGAAGCUGUCAACUUUCAAACGUCCCGCAGAGUACGAGCAAACUAAAAAUCUUAUAAUAAACUCUUCAACCUAAAUGAAUUUCGUCUAGUUAACUAUUCUAAUAAAAUAACAUGUUAUUUCUUAUUUUGUAAAGUGGAUUUAGAUUGAAUCACGGGUUUUUUGAAUCAGUGUGAAAAUGAAAAUCAGUGAAUCGGUGUCGUUGGACAUUAAAAAAAAAAGAAAUUAAUUUGAAGCAAGUUAAUUUAAUUUAAAUCCACCUUCACUUGUAUUAUCUCAUUAUAAUAAACAACUUCAAAUAAAAUUAAUAUUAUUAA